GCUGCUGCUGAGCCGCCGUCGCUGCCACCUCCACCGCCACCUAACUAACUACUAGCACCACCACCUCCUCCUUUGGCCCCUACCUUCACUUUUGCAGCCUUUCACUCCCCUUUUCUAUUCUUGUCCCACCACUCUGCCUACUUUACACUACCACUACUACUUCCUCUACCUGCCUUACCUCUACCACUACUACUCCUUCCACUUCUCUUGUCCCAUCCCUGCCAGCUGGCCUAUAUAUACUGGCUCCUCCUCCUCUUUUUCUGUUUGUGUGACUUUGUAAAUGGUUCAAGUAAGACCGUAACAUCGUUGUAAGCUCCUCAUAUAUGCAGGUUAUUUGUGUAUUGUUCCAGGUACUGUAUUGUGCAUUUUUGUUUUUCCUGGUGAAGGAGUUGAUUAUUUAGAGGUAGGUUGCAGGUCGUUGAGUAAACACAAUUAGAUGAGCAAACAGUGAUAUCAAUAAAUCAAUUUUUUUUCUCAGGAGGUAUUACAGCAUCCUACUCCCUCGAAGUAACCUGAGUGCACCAAAAGCUAAGGAGAUGGUGUCCAUUCUUAAGGAAAAGCAAGUCAUGAUUUAUAAAAGUGGCUUUUUGAAGUUAGCCUCCUUGACUAUCAAUAAGAAAGAAGAGGUUGAUCUAAAGCAUUUUACAAGGAAGGAACUAGGCUGUGAAUUCCAUCGUGUGGAUGAAUCAAGUAUAUGGCUCGGUAACACUAGGAAUGCAACAAGUAUGUGUAGCCACUGUUAUUGUGAGAGAAUCAAGGAGGAAGGAUGCACUGGAUGUUGUAGCUAUGGAAACACCAACAGCCUGGUGGAAUUGAGAGCUAGUGCUUGGCAGGACUCUACUAUGGACCACCCAAUCCUACAAAGAACCAAGCACCCAGCCAAGCUAGAUGUGUUACUCUUGGUCCAAGGACAUAUGGAGGUGUGGGAGCUUUCAAGCUAAUUUCAUUCUCAUCCCUGUUUGGUAUACUAGCCUACGAGCAGGAUAUAUAUACAGUGGACCCCCGCUUUACGAUCAGCUCCCAAUGCAACCAAUUAUGUAAGUGUAUUUAUGCAAGUGCAUUUGUAUGUGUAUGUUUGGGGGUCUGAAAUGGACUAAUCUAAUUCACAAUAUUCCUUAUGGGAACAAAUUCGUUCAGUAAUGGCACCUGAACAUACUUCUGGAAUGAAAUAAUAUCGUAAACCGGGGGUCCACUGUAUUAUUGUAACCACGAACGAGAGGUAUUGAUCAAUAACAACACUACGCUAGCCAAGGAUUCAAACUCGUGUUGUACUGGCCUACCAUUGAUUUUAUUACAUGUAAACUACAUUUGUACUGCACAAAGAAAUAAAAAUUGUAUUGUCUUGUAAAUAUGAUGUACUGCUAAGAAGGACAUAGGUUUUAGAUACGUAUUUCCUUGAUCACUUGCAGCCCCAUUCAUCUCAAAGCCACUAAACUCGGGGUCAACAUCACUUUCCUUGAAAAAAAAAAAAGUGCUAAUAUGACAUGGGAUUAGUGAAUACCUGGGGUUUGCCAUUCUUUUUGCUCUAACUGGUGCUCCCACAAGGUAGUAUGUGGUUCCAGAUUUUUUUAGUACAGCACACACCGAGUGUACAGACCCAUUUUAUACUGCCUAGGCCUGUCAAGCCUCUGGUGCCAAACAUGAAUGCAGGAAAAAUAGUGCAUUGAUAAACAUUGCAAGUGCUAGUAGAAAUGCAUGGGUCAACAAUUUGACAGUUGAAGGGUUGAUCAUAAUAUCUGGCAUUUAAAAAUGGAAGAGGGCAGAUAUUAGGAGGUGAAAGUACAGAGUAUGUAUAGAGAGUUCUCAUUUAUUUGGUAAAAAUUAGUCAAGAACCACAGAUUUAAUAAUAGUCAAAAACCACAAAUUACUAGAUGUUUACCACUGAAUGUCACAUGAAACACUGAGCUGGCUAGUCAGUGGCCACACCACCUCACUCCUUACACACACACACACAUACAUACAUACAUACAUACAUACAUAUAUAUAUAUUCCAAGUCCAGUUAUCCAAACUUGAGUCCUGGAGGUGGGAAGUGCAGUACUUGCACUCUGAAGGAAGGGUGGGGAUAUUUGCAGUUUUCAACUGUAGAAUCGGUGAUGAAGUGAAGGAUGGUCAAAGUUUAUAGUAUUGGUAAAGUUAGACUUUUUCACUGAAGAGGACCUUGACAAAUCUAGUCUAGAAACAGUGCUUUGAAACAGGGUCUAGACCAGCUAAUGAUGCCUUACCGUCAGCUGUAUAA